AUGUAUGUGCACUUUGAAGAGGAAACAAACCAACCGUUCCUACUUUCAUCAUCAUCAUCAUCAUCAUCAUCAUCAUCAUCAUCAUCAUCAUCAUCAUCAUCAUCAUCAUCAUCAUCAUCAUCAUCAUCAUCAUCAUCAUCAUCAUCAUCAUCAUCAUCAUCAUCAUCAUCAUCAUCAUCAUCAUCAUCAUCAUCAUCAUCAUCAUCAUCAUCAUCAUCAUCAUCAUCAUCAUCAUCAUCAUCAUCAUCAUCAUCAUCAUCAUCAUCAACAACAACAACAACAACAACAUUUUAUGCACUUGAAACGAAAGAAAGAAAAAUGAAGAACGGAUAA